AGAAGCGACCAAACACGCCCCAUGAUCAUCUCACGCUCUCCAGGUCUCGCUCAGUUUAACUCUUCCAGGAGCGAAGCCGCCGUUCGAAACGAAACUUACCAUGUUCAUCUCUGUCGUUCAUUAGCUGCUGUUUUCGCCGAUCUUCACUCAGGGAUAAAGAGAUGGCAAUGAAUAGUAUCAGAUCAUUGAGAAGUAUUAUCAUCAUCAAGGAAGAAGUUAAGGUGGUGGGUCACAGAACAUUUUCCGCCGGGGGUAAAGCAAAGAAGGGUUCCAAAGGGGGUGGAGCAGCUGAUGGUACAAAGUCAACUCUGAGCAAGGAAGUAAAAUCCACUACAGUGGUUGGUGCCAAUAUCCUCAAGGAUGGAGCAGAUCCCAAAAUUUUGCCAGAUUCUGAAUACCCUGAUUGGCUGUGGCGCCUGGUGGAUAAGCGUCCUGCAUUAAGUGAGCUAAGAAGGAAAAAAAUUGAAACUCUCCCUUACGAGGAUCUCAAACGUUUUGUUAAGCUGGACAACCGAGCAAGGAUCAAAGAAAACAACUCUCUUAGAGCAAAGAAUUGAUCAAGAGUCUGUAGGAUUCAUUUUUCUUUCUUUGUAUUUCCUUUGUAGACUGAUGUUUCUGUCAAUUUUCACUUACAUGCGGAGAACUGGUGCGUGGAAUUGAAGGGGAAAACAAACAUGAUUUAUCUCAUCUUUGUUGUUACUGUAACUCUUCCCUCUUGUUUAGGUAAUAAAAUAAUUCUAAAAGUAGUUUCUUGGUAGUAGCAAAA